CGAAAAUCCAACUUCAGCCCCCUCAUACAGUUUUCCAUACAACAACAACACACGAUCUCCUAGUAGCAGAUAUGGCCGAACCGGACGAGCUCUUCACGCUAAAGAACCAGCUCUGGGUGGGCAACUACCAGAACGCGCUGAGCGAGGGUACCAUGCUUAACCACGUAGGCGAGGCGCUGCGCAACGAGCGCGAUGUGUACGUGUACCGCGCGCAAUUAGCGCUGGGCAACUUUCCCCUCGUGCUCCAGAGUAUCCCGGACGCUGGCAACACGCCGAUUGCGUUGAGCGCCGUGAAGCUCUGGGCUACGUACCUUAGCGGCCAGAUCGAUAAGGAAAUGAUCGACCUGACGCUCAAGGAGUGGCUGGCUGACCCCACGAGCGGUGAGAACGCACAUUUGCUGCUAAUCGCAGGCCAGAUCUACGCACGCGAGGGCAAACUCUCGGACGCGCUGUCGGCGCUGACCCGUGGCGGCUCGCUCGAGCACAUGCUGUACAUUGUACACUUGUACCUGCAGAUGGACCGACUGGACCUGGCUCAGAAGACGGUGCAGGAGAUGAAGCGCAUCGAGGAGGACUCGACGCUGACGCAGCUGGCACAGGCCUGGUGUCUGACGUUGCAGGGCGGUGACAAGGCUGACGAGGCCACGCUGCACUUCCAGGAACUGGCGGACAGGUUCGGCUCUACGCCACUUCUGCUGAACGGCGCGGCGGCGGCCUUCAUGGCGCUCAAGAACUACGUGGAGGCCGAGCGACUGCUGCUUGAAGCCAUCCAGAAGGACCCUAGCAACGAGGACACGCUGAUCAACCUGAUUGCGGUCAGUGCGCACCUGAGCAAACCCACGCACCAGUACAUUGUGCAGCUGCAACAGGUCGCGCCGGCAAGUUCGUGGCUCGAGAACUACGUGUUGUUGGACCGGGGCUUCUCCGAAAUGGCGGCCACCUUUGCGUAAGCGUGACGGAGAGGACAAAACCGGAGAGAUGCAUACAUAUACGUGAUAAAAUCAACAUGAGAGAGAAGGAGCAAGCAAGGAAGUCUGUAUUGUCUUAAUUUGGUCAGCAAAUUUUCCACUUCAGAAUGGCAAGACAUGGUUCCUUGCUCACCGUUGGCUGCUCUGACCGUUGAACCUACAACUUCCCCAGCGCAUUAUUGUUUUCUGUAUUAGUUUGGGGAUAGCAGUUCGGCAGUAGCGUCUUCGCCGACAACGUUCUAACGCGACAACUCCUUGUUCAUGAACUUUCGCUUGGCGAAGAGCAUCCACCACUUGCUCUUCUCUCCAUUCGGGAACACCUCGUCCACCAGGCGGAAAGCGAUUGCUUCGCGUAGCUGUUUGAAAAAUCCGCGAAUAGUUUCUGCAAAGACAAGAGCAAGAGCAGACCCGUCAACUUCAAACGAACUGUGUAAUAACAUGCACAUACACUUACCUG